UCCCGAACUCCAUCUUACUCUUUCAAAUCCCAAUUCCCAAUUACAAACACAGGCCUCCGUUAGCUUCUCUCUCUAGCUUUCGUUUCCCUCUCUGCGUUCGGCGAUUCCUCCUUUGUCUGGGUUCGACGCUUUUUGGAGAGACUCCGAAACCUCUCUUCUAAUCAUCUGGUUCGCAGCAUAGAGAUUUCGUGGGCGGUGACUAUGUCGACCCCAGCUAGGAAGAGGUUGAUGAGAGAUUUUAAGAGGUUGCAACAGGACCCCCCUGCCGGCAUCAGUGGAGCUCCCCAAGACAACAAUAUAAUGCUUUGGAAUGCUGUUAUAUUUGGUCCAGAUGACACUCCAUGGGAUGGAGGUACGUUUAAAUUGACACUUCAGUUUUCGGAGGAGUAUCCAAACAAACCACCAACGGUGCGAUUUGUUUCCCGUAUGUUCCAUCCAAAUAUCUAUGCAGAUGGAAGUAUUUGUCUCGAUAUUCUACAAAAUCAGUGGAGUCCUAUAUAUGAUGUAGCAGCUAUACUUACGUCUAUUCAGUCACUGCUCUGUGAUCCCAACCCCAAUUCUCCUGCAAAUUCAGAAGCUGCUCGGAUGUUUAGUGAGAAUAAGCGUGAGUACAACAGAAGAGUGAGGGAAAUUGUUGAGCAGAGCUGGACAGCGGACUAACUCUGCCAUUGGUGCACAGGCAUGGCAGUUCCUGUCUGUCUUUAAGUUUGCAGGUUUGAUUUCAGUGAUGAUGCCACUUUAAGAACCUUGUGCUGUGCAAAAGGUCUCACUUUAAUCAUGUACUGCAGAUCUUGUAUUUUCCUUGUCUGAAUCUUAGGACUAUGUUUGCAGCAAUUUGUGUUUUAAAUUCGUGUCUAAUAGAAUUGUAUGAAUCAACUGCCUUGAAUAUUAUGAACUAUUUGAAAAAUCGGGAUUGUUUGAUUGCAAAAAUAGUAAGUCCUACAUUAUUGCCUUUA